UGGACAGAGGAGGCAAGGAAGGGUGGUGACCCGGGGGCGGAGGGGAGUGGCCGCCGUGGCCUAUUUCCGCGAGCACCACGAACCGGGUUGGGGAGCUCCGCGCCAGCUUUCCCCAUCCACGCAGCCCCGUGGGCCCCCGCCUCCCGCGUCCAUGCAGCCCCGUCGACCCCCGCCGCCAGCGCUGCUGCUGAGCCUCUGGCUGCUGCCGAGCCUCGCACUGGCCGCUGCUGCCUCAGCGGAUCCGCAGUACACCGACGUCCCCCGGCAGUCCCCGGCCGUGGGGCUGCCACGCGGGAUCCUCCAGCUGGCGGCGCGCGCUGCGCUGCACUUCUUCAAUUUCCGCGCCGGCUCGCCCAGCGCGCUACGGGUGCUCGCCGCCGUGCAGGAGGGCCGCGCGUGGGUGGACCCUCAAGAGGGCUGCAAAGUGGACUUGGUAUUUAGCACAGAGCAAUAUAACCCGGAGCAGGAAGGUGAGGAACAUUCGGGCAAAUGUUCUGCGAGGGUGUUUUUCAAGAAUGAAAAACCCAGACCGGCCAUUAACGUAACCUGCACACAGCUCUUUGAUAAAGUGAAGAGACAAGAAAAGGAUUAUCUGCUUUACAAGCAGAUGAAGCAAUUGAAGACUCCUCUGGGCACCGUCAGCAUACCUGACAGUCAUGGUCACAUUGACCCCUCACUGAGACCCCUGUGGGACUUGGCUUUCCUCGGCAGCUCAUAUGUGAUGUGGGAGAAGACGACCCAGUUUCUGCACUACUACUUGGUCCAGCUCAGCAGUGUGAAGCAGCUGAAAACGGAUGAUGACAGCAUUGAUUUUGACUUCACUGUUCUACUUCAUGAAUUCUCCACACAGGAAAUCAUUCCCUGCCGUAUUCACUUGGUCUGGUACCCUGGUAAACCCCUUAAAGUAAAUUACCAUUGUCAAGAGCUACAGAGCCCAGAAGAAGGCUCUGGAACCGUGGAAGGAUCAGCUAUGGCACAAAACGAGUUCAAUAAUUUCUAAAGAGAAGAAACGAUCUGCUUCUAUUAUAAUCUAAACAAAAUGACUCCACUACCCUGCGUCAUCACUCCUGUAUAAAAGCAAAGGUCCAGGCGUUCCAGCAACCCAGGCAAGCUCGCAGUUAGAAGUAGAUGCUCAGAAGCCUGCCUUGUUUUUCACCUGACCUGCCUUUGGUGCUGAACUCUGCGAGCACCUACCUGCUUGGGCCUGACAGUCUCAGCAUAUCCACCAAACGGCAGGUGGAUCAACGAUUGCUUUGGGAAAAGGUUUUGCCACUGAGUUUGUAUUUUUCAUUACGCUGGACGUAUUGUGGUUAUUUUAUGUUACUAAAUUGUUCUUACUUAUUAUGUCAACUUUUUUUUUUUUUUCAGCGAAAGUAAAUGGUAAGGAAAGACUUAAGCUCUGGCAAAUACUCCCUUUUAACGUGAUACACACUUUCAAAUAAAUAUUUAUAUUUCUAAAUA